GUGCAUUGGCAAAAACCCUCUGCAAUCCCUGUUCCCACUAGGGACCUGAAGUCAGCUGGCACAUUUCCAAAAGCUGGGUAGGGCCAACGCAGGAAAAGGUGUGCUGAUUCAGUGCUUUUCCCAAGCAGCCUCCACCAGUGGAGCUCCAGGCUUUAAAGAGGAGAGAUUCCUUACCCCUUCAUGACCACAUGGAUGCAUAUUAUACCUUAGUCAGUAUCAAAGUGUUUAAUUGUGCCUCCAGCUGGUUUCUGAGGGUACUGCAUUGAGCUUGUGCUGCAAACCAUGCUUCAGUCCAGGGCUUUGGCGGUGGCUCUGAUUCUGCUCCUCAGCACCAGUCUCUCUGUGGGUGCUAAGGCAAUCUCAAAGAGACACGUCCGUCGUGACUGGCUGAUCAUACCGGAUUCAAUUGCAUUUUACAUGUAUGAAUCUGUGAACAAAGUGUCCCCAAAAGCUGGUCAGUUCUUGGCGGAAGCUGUUCAGACUCCAGUAAUCCUUGAGAUCAGGAACUUCCUGAUGAAGGAGACCUCUAAAAUCAGUGUGCUGGCAGAACAGCUGAUGGAAAAAUUAACAGGUCUAUGGAAGAAGAAAGAGGAAGCCCCAGCCCAGCAGUAGAAUUGAGACAAGUCACAAGGCCGCUUGACAUAAGUAAUUAGAAUGUGCAGUGUUCCCUCUCCUUAUGGACUGAGAUCAGCUACUACCAUAGAAUUGUUGUCCCUGAUGAUGUCACUAGAAGGGGUGGGAAUACCAGCUUCAAAGAUCAGAGAACCUGUCUCCCUGGGGGGGAGGGGGAGAGGGAGGAAAUGCACUAUCAAAGUAGCUGCUGGAUGUGGGAAAGGGAAUAGAAGGAAGACAGAUUCUGUAGUUGAAUCUUGAAAGCCAAUUUCUCCUUCAACAAUUGGGUCACUUGACCUUCCACCUCACCCCAAUAAAGUUUUGGAUGUGUUUAUAGUU